AAACAAAACAAACCCCAGAGCGGCAUGGAGGGGCCGGGCCAGAGCUAUAGCCCCAGCAGAAGCUGGGACCACAAGUGAGACGUCCUCUAUCCCCCCGCUGGGUCGGGGUACCAGGCAGAAAUUCCCCAGAGAAAAAAAUAUUCUAAGUAAUCAGAGUAAACAUUUUCCUAGCAAAAAAUCUGCAACUAGCCAUUGUAUGAGUUAUAUGCUGCCUACUAACCCGGAAAAAAAGCUGGAACAGAAUUUGCAAGCAAGGAAAGCAAAAAGGUUGGAACUGAAUUUGGAGGAUCUGGGUCUGGAAAUGCCUCAGCCUAGUGUGAGUGGAAUGGACCCUCCAUUUGGAGAUGCCUUUCAAAGCCACAUGUUUUCUGAACAGACUCUGAUCAGCACAGAUCUCUUGGCUAAUAAUUCUGACCCAGAUUUCAUGUAUGAAUUGGACAGAGGAAUGGAUUGCCAACAGAGUUCCAGGGACAAUCUCCUUUCUCUAGAGGACUGUAAAGAAUUUGAGAACUUAGAAACUUUUACUGAGAUUCUGGAUACUGAAAUGACUUUCCCUGCUAAUUGGGAUCAGUGGGAUACUUACUGUGAAGAUUUAACAAAGUAUACAAAACUAACCAGCUGUGACAUUUGGGGAACAAAAGAGGUGGACUAUUUGGGUCUUGAUGAUUUUUCAAGCCCGUAUCAAGAUGAAGAGGUAAUAAGUAAAACUCCAACUCUGGCUCAGCUCAACAGUGAGGACUCUCAGCCUGUCUCAGAUCCACUAUGCUACUCAGAGUUGCUGUUCAAUGCAAAACAAACCCAAUUAACGUCUCUGCCAACCAAGAAAAUUACAAGAGCAGCCGCCCCAGUUUGCUCCUCAAAAAUUGCUCCGGCUGAAGCACCUUUAUCUGAGUUUGCUCAGAAAGCAAGCAAGGCCAAUUCAAGCACACAAAUCAUGGUUAAGGCCAAUAUGUACAAUAAUGAGAAAGUGAAUAUUCACAUUGAAUGUAAGGAUUAUGUUAAAAAGGCAAAAGUGAAGAUCAAUCCAGUGCACCAGAACAGGUCCGCUAUGAGCCAGGCAAAUGCUGAUGCUGCAAAAGAAAACACCUGCUACUGUGGAGCUGUAGCAAAGAGGCAAGAGCAGAAAGGAAUUGACCCACUUCAGAAUCACAGUGCUCCUGUAUUGCCUUUUAAAGAGACUCAGGCUCUGCUCCUCACUCCACCCCAGGAAACUCCUGGACUUAUUGCUGAGAAGAGCAAUCUGUCCGCUAGCACUUCAGUGUCAGAUCCUUCACAGAAAAAAGAAGAGCAUAAUUAUUCUCUUUUUGUCAGUGAUGGCUCAGCUGAUCAUGCAGGCAACGCUGAUCCUGAUGAGGAUGAAGAUGACGAGGAAGAGGUGGAAGAUGAAGAUCAUGAUGAAGGCUUUGGAAGUGAGCAUGAACUCUCUGAAAAUGAUGAAGAGGAGGAUUACGAGGACGAUAAAGAUGAUGACAUGAGUGAUACAUUCUCUGAACCAGGUUUUGAAAAUGAUUCUGUAGAAGAUUUGAAAGAAAUGACUGCAAUAUCUUGUCGAAAGAGAGGCAAGCGAAGAUAUUUCUGGGAAUAUAGUGAACAAUUGACACCAUCACAGCAGGAGAGAAUGCUAAGGCCUUCGGAGUGGAAUCGUGAAACCUUACCAAGCAACAUGUAUCAGAAGAACGGAUUACAUCAUGGAAAAUAUGCUGUUAAAAAGUCACGAAGGACUGAUGUAGAAGAUCUGACACCUAAUCCUAAAAAAUUGCUACAAAUUGGAAAUGAACUUAGGAAACUGAAUAAAGUAAUUAGCGAUUUGACCCCUGUCAGUGAACUUCCCUUAACAGCAAGACCAAGAUCAAGAAAAGAAAAAAAUAAACUUGCCUCCAGGGCUUGCCGACUGAAAAAGAAAGCUCAGUAUGAAGCCAACAAAGUUAAACUUUGGGGACUCAAUACUGAAUAUGAUAACUUACUGUUUGUGAUCAAUUCUAUCAAACAAGAAAUUGUGAACAGAGUGCAGAGUCCUAAAGAUGAGAGAGUAACAAAUAUGAGUCAGAAGCUUGAUGUACUUAUUAAAGACACUCUUGGACAGCCGGUAUCUGGACAAACUUCAGAAUUUGUGAACCAGGUUUUAGAAAAAACAGCAGAAGGAAAUCCUACAGGAGGACUUGUUGGGUUGCGAAUACCAACAUCAAAAAUUUAACAGACAUCAUUUUAUCCCAUCACACUGAUCAGAGCUCUGCCUGCAUCAUGAACUACUACAUUGUAGAAUUAAUUCUGGUCUGCAUGUGAGUUUAGUGCUGUAUAAAACACAAUUUUCAGUUCCAUUAUUUUUUUAUUUUGUUUUUAUAACAAUGUAGUACGGUAAGUGAAAGCAUGAUAUAAAAUGCUUAAUGGCAUUUUGAGGCAUAAACCUUGUAGAUCUAAAUCUGCUUCUGGCAUAAAUGUAAUGGCUACAUGUUUAUUUUAA